AUGGCCCGUAUUUCGCCGCAGGAAGUUGACUGCCAUCCAUCGGAGUGUUUUUAUCUGGCUCAUCACGCAGUUCUCAAACCAGACAGCUCAACCACGAAAUGCCGAGUCGUAUUUGAUGGAUCCUGCAAAGAUUCUGGUGGCUACUCACUUAACGAGCGUUUGCAUAUUGGCCCACCCAUUCAGCGUGAUUUGUUUGGCGUGUGUAUUCGUUUUCGUCAGCAUCGUUACGUUUUCUCAGCUGACAUAGAGAAAAUGUUUCGCGGCAUUAUGGUAUCAGAUUCUGAUACUAAAUUCCAACGAAUCGUUUGGCGGGAGGAUGCGGGUUCACCAGUGGAGCAUUACCGACUACUCACGGUAACCUACGGCCUUGCUGCGUCGCCUUUUCUUGCUGUACGUGUUCUCAAGCAACUGGCAGAAGACCAUAAGGUAACCUACCCAUUUGCAGCGCGUGUAAUAUUGAAUGAUAC